UUGAUUAAUAAGGGUGUAUGUGAUACAGUACUAGCAGACAUCUCUUUAAAUUAUAGCUGUAUAUCAAGCAAGAUAGUUGCUGGCCAUAAACUACUGCAUGCAUGCUGCUGAGAAUGAGUGUCCUUGUAUUGUGUAUGAGCUGCCUGUGUCUAUGGCUGGGGAAGCUCAGUGUACUGGUGUCUGCAGACUAUGUGGUGCAAGUGAAGAUGGUCUCCUACAGUCAUCCAUCCAACACACUCCCUGGUGGCCGGCGAUGUUGUGAUUCACCAUGGGAAUUCAACAGUGUAGUACCAUGUAACGAAGGGGAACGCUGUGACACCUACUUCAUCUACUGCCUGAGGCCACAUGCCAGUACUGCUACACCUUGUCCCAGUAAUGAGCCCGGAUGUACUGCAGUCAGUAACUAUAUCGUGGAUGGGGCAGACAUUGAUUUCACACAACCUACUGUACUAGGACUCUCCAAUCCAUUCAAUCUGACUGGAAUAUCGACAGCCUGGGAGGGAGCUCAGCUUUACAUACAAGUGCUUGAUUUUGAUACCUAUUCAUCAUAUGAUACUAUUGUAAGGUAUCGAUUUAAUCUGAAUCCCUCCGUGUCAGUGGGAUCAACAAGUACACUAUAUAUAUCUGCCUCAAGUACCGCUACUGCAAGAUUUAGUGCUACUGUGUUGUGUGCUCCUUUCUACAUUGGAAGCAGUUGUGAUAUCUUUGAUUACUAUCACUGUGAGUCCAUAUGCAGAGAACUGUGUGUGGAUGAAAUAGACAGUUUCACUUGCAACUGUAACCAUCCUUACUUUGGUGCAAACUGCGAGCAUCAAAACUUUUGCUACAACAGAAUUUGCAACGAAAGAGGAACAUGUACUAAUAACCUUGAUUCCUACACCUGUGUCUGCAAUGCUGGCUAUACUGGUGUUGAUUGUGAAGACAUUGAUGAAUGUGAGGGGCAGAGCUGCAGUGGAAAUGGUUUGUGUAUGGAUGAGGUCAACUCUUACACCUGUGUCUGCAAUGCUGGCUAUACUGGUGCUGAUUGUGAGGUGGAUAUUGAUGAGUGCUUGCUAAUGGAGACAGUGUGCAGUGGCCAUGGUAACUGCUCUCAAGGAAUAGCCACUUUCACCUGCUCAUGUGAUCUUGGCUACACUGGACAGAAUUGUGAGACCGACAUUGAUGAUUGUGUGAAUAGGAACUGCAGUGGAAACCGUGUGUGUGUGGAUGGUGUCAACUCGUUCAGUUGUGAGUGUGUGUCUGGCUUCACUGGAAAGAUGUGCAACACUGCAGGAGGUGGUCCAGAGGGUAUCACUCUGAUAGGAGGAGUGGUGGGAGGUCUCCUAGUGCUGAUGCUGAUACUCCUGCUCCUGAUAGUGGUCGUGGUGGUGUGUGUACGCAUAGCUCAUGAUCAGGGGAAGACCAUUCAAGACACUCAGUUGCAGGCUGGAGACAACCCAGUGUAUGGGAUUCCUGAGAACAGAACAAACACCAUCACUUCGGAAACAGCAGAGUUUGACAACCCAAUAUAUGGAAGCCGAGAAUCAUUCAACGAUGUAGAACUGGUCAAUCCAAUUUAUGGAGAUGCAGAUUUCGAAGAUGUACCUUCUGAAUUGGCCCCUGCAAUAUCAGACUAUGAGACACCUGUAGUACGCAGAGCUCAUGAUCAGGGGAAGACCAAUCAAGACACUCAGUUGCAAGGAGACACCAUUUCCUAUAUUCCUGGAGACACCAAAGAUGUACCUUAUGAAUUGGCCCCUGCAGUAUCAGACUAUGAGACACCUAUAUAGUAUACAUAUGCACCUGUGUAUGACAAUAGCUAGAAGUAUAGAAUAGAGAAGGCAUGCAGAAACAAUUUCAAUGUUGUGAAGUAUCUUUGCAGUUGAGAAAUCAGCCACUCCCCCUUUUGAUUUACACACACACAUUGACUAUUGUCUAACAGUAAACACCUCACAGUGUAACGUUUGUACAAUCAUAUAUCAUUAUAAUUAUUUAUUUGUAGACUGGUAAUCACUUCACACAUUUUAUAG